UACAGGAGGCCUGAAGGUCCCUUCUUACAACAGCAGACAGUUUCAAACGACAAUUUUGGUGCACAGGGAGAGAUCUGAGAACCUGAGAGAAGUAGCCCCGUGGAGUUAUCUGAAGGUGGCUGUCUUCUCCUGCAGGAUGCUAUUGGUCCCUUCACGGAUGUUGCAGGGCGCUGCGGUGCGGCAGGCCUCUCCACGGCUCACAUACAGCUCAGCAGCACAGGUGCAGAUGAAACCCCAAAAGACAAAGUUUGGUCCACUUAGUGACGAGGACCGGAUCUUUACUAACCUUUAUGGGCGACAUGAUUGGAGACUCAAAGGAGCGCUGAAAAGAGGAGACUGGUAUAAGACCAAAGAGAUAGUCCUGAAAGGGCCGGACUGGAUUCUGAAUGAGGUGAAGACCUCAGGCCUUCGAGGCAGAGGGGGUGCAGGAUUCCCUACUGGUAUGAAAUGGAGUUUCAUGAACAAACCUAGUGAUGGCAGGCCCAAAUAUCUGGUUGUGAAUGCAGACGAGGGGGAACCCGGGACGUGUAAAGACCGAGAGAUCCUGCGUCACGACCCGCAUAAGCUGAUCGAGGGUUGCCUAGUAGCUGGAAGAGCCAUGGAGGCUCGAGCUGCAUACAUCUAUAUCAGAGGAGAGUUUUACAAUGAAUCAUCAAAUCUACAGGUCGCUAUAAAUGAAGCAUACAAAGCUGAUCUGAUUGGGAAGAACGCCUGUGGCUCUGGGUAUGACUUUGAUGUGUUUGUUAUGCGUGGGGCCGGAGCUUACAUCUGCGGAGAGGAGACGGCGCUCAUUGAAUCUCUUGAGGGCAAGCAAGGGAAACCUCGUCUCAAACCCCCUUUCCCUGCAGAUAUAGGAGUCUUUGGGUGCCCAACGACAGUGGCCAACGUGGAGACAGUUGCUGUGGCACCGGCAAUCUGUCGUCGUGGUGGUGCUUGGUUUGCCAGCUUUGGGAGGGAGCGGAACUCUGGGACAAAGCUGUUCAACAUCUCUGGUCACGUGAACUUCCCAUGCACAGUGGAGGAAGAAAUGUCUAUUCCUCUGAGAGAGCUCAUAGAGAGACAUGCAGGAGGAGUAAGAGGAGGUUGGGACAAUCUAUUAGGAGUAAUCCCAGGAGGUUCAUCUACUCCCAUCAUCCCUCAGCAUGUAUGUAACGAGGUUUUGAUGGAUUUUGAUGACCUGGUCCGCGUGCAGAUGGCUCUGGGAACUGCUGCAGUUAUAGUCAUGGAUAAAUCAACUGAUGUGAUUCGAGCUAUUGCACGUUUGGUUGAGUUUUAUAAGCAUGAGAGCUGUGGCCAGUGCACCCCCUGCAGGGAAGGAGUGGACUGGAUGGAUAAAAUGAUGUGGAGGUUUGUGCGAGGAGAUGCAGCCCUUUCAGAAAUCGACAUGAUCUGGGAGCUCAGUAAACAGAUUGAGGGCCACACUAUUUGCGCUCUGGGGGACGGAGCGGCUUGGCCUGUUCAGGGUCUUAUACGUCACUUCCGGUCGGACAUGGAGAGCCGCAUUGCUCAGUAUGAAAAGAAAAAUCUUCCAAGGAAGCAGGACAUCACGAUGAUCUGAACAGGAAAAGUUCCUUCAUUUCAUUUCCUACAAAAAUAAACCUCAUUUAGCUAAACUAUAGUAAGAAUUAAAAUUUUGGCAGAUAUUUAGAAGUUAAAGCAUAGCAAAACUACUGAAUUCAGCCAUUGCCU